UGGCGGGGCGGCUGCUGGGCUCAGUGCGGAACGGGCUCUGGCGGGAUGGCGAGCGCGGCCAUCAGGGUCGCCGGGCGGCGGCUGAGCCACCAAAGCGCAUCCGGAGCCCCGGUCCUCCUGCGGCAGAUGUUUGAACCCAAGAGCUGCACGUACACCUACCUGCUGGGUGACCGGGAGUCGCGAGAGGCCGUCCUGAUCGACCCCGUUCUGGAGACAGCGCAUCGGGAUGCUCAGCUGGUUAAGGAGCUGGGGCUGAGGCUGCUCUAUGCCGUGAAUACUCAUUGCCAUGCUGACCACAUCACAGGCUCAGGGGUUCUCCGGUCCCUACUCCCGGGCUGCCAGUCCGUCAUCUCCCGCCUCAGCGGAGCCCAGGCUGAUUUGCAUAUCGGGGAAGGUGAUUCCAUCCGCUUUGGACGCUUUGCUUUGGAGACUCGGGCCAGCCCUGGCCACACCCCAGGCUGUGUCACCUUUGUCCUGAAUGACCAGAGCAUGGCCUUCACUGGAGAUGCCCUGCUGAUCCGAGGGUGUGGACGGACAGACUUCCAGCAAGGUUGUGCUAAGACUUUGUACCAUUCUGUGCAUGAGAAGAUCUUCACACUUCCAGGCAACUGUCUAAUCUACCCGGCUCACGAUUACCACGGGCUCACAGUUUCUACUGUGGAGGAGGAACGGACUCUGAAUCCACGGCUCACUCUCAGCUGUGAGGAGUUUAUCAAGGUCAUGGACAACCUGAACUUGCCCAAGCCACAGCAGAUAGACAUCGCUGUUCCUGCAAAUAUGCGCUGUGGGGUCCAGACUCCACCUUCCUGAUUCGUCCCAGCCAGCUGCUCACAUCCGUUAUGAAUGUACUAGGUGGGGGAGGGGAGGGGCGUCACCCCAGGGCCUCUCUCCUCUCCUUCCCCUAUUCUCACCAGCUACUUGAGCUCCUUAAAUAAAGUGUAUUUCAUUUUUGCCACGA